AUGUCCCUCUUCGGCGAGCAGGUCACGAAACAGUACCUAGGAGAAAUUAUCACUCUACUCGAUUAUUUCAUAUCCGCCAUGGCUUCAAUGGGCAUCUUGACCGCUGUCGCCUCCGUCAUUCGAGUAUGUGGGAGCCCGUCGCUUCGUGCUUUUAUUGGCAGAGCGCAAGAG